AGAGCAGAAGAAGGAAAACAGUCUGAGGCAGGUGUUACUGGUUUACCUCUCAAACUCCAGAAGAUGAAUGAUUUGGAGGAAGAGGAGGACGGAGCAGAGUCUCUGAUAUCCAGCUGUCUGUCUAUGAAGAGUGACCGGUCUAAAGGUCUUCCUCUAACCUUCAGUAAUGAACCUGGACCCUCAGACACACAACAGAGAGCAGAGUCUCUGAUAUCCAGCUGUCUGUCUAUGAAGAGUGACUGGUCUAAACCUGAACCUCUAAACUUCAGUAAUGAACCUGGACCCUCAGACACAAAAGAGAGGAAGAGGAAGAGGAGGGGUGUUUCUGUGGAGGAGCAGCUGUCCUGCUGUUCUUUGUGUCAGGACGUCCUGAAGGAUCCAGUCUCUACCAGCUGUGGACACUGGUUCUGUAGACAGUGCAUCAGCUCAUACUGGGACCAGUCUGCUGCAUCAGGAGACUCCUCCUGUCCCCAGUGUGGAAAAAGAUCCAGAACAAGACCUGGACUGCAGACAGACAGUCAGACCAGCACUGUACAAACAGAAAGUGAUCUACAGGAGGUUUUAGAUGAACAUAAGAUCAGUCUGAGGAGAUGUGAAUGUGUGACUGAAGGAACUGAUGAAGCAGGAAGUGAAACCCUCCUCAACAGGAUCUACACUGAGCUCUACAUCACAGAGGGACAGAGUGAAGAGGUUAAUACCCAACAUGAGGUGAGGCAGCUUGAAGCAGCUUCCAAGAUGAAGGUCCUCCAUGACACUCCAAUCAAGUGCCACGACAUCUUUAAACUCUUACCUGACCAACAGAAAUACAUCAGAGUCGUUAUGACGAACGGCGUCGCUGGUGUUGGAAAAACCUUCUCAGUGCAGAAGUUCACUCUGGACUGGGCAGAGGGCUUGAAAAACCAAGACAUCAGUCUGGUGAUUCUGCUUUCGUUCAGGGAGCUGAACUUGAUCAAAGAUGAGCAGUACAGUCUCCUCAUGCUGAUCCAUGAUUUCCAUCCAACAUUACAGAAGGUCACAGCAGAGAAGCUCGAUGACUGUAAAGUUUUGUUCAUCUUUGACGGCCUGGAUGAAAGCAGACUUUCACUGGAUUUCAUGAACAGGAAGGUCGUGUCUGAUGUCACACAGAGGUCAUCAGUCAACGUGCUGUUGACAAACCUCUUCAAGGGGAAUCUGCUUCCCUCGGCUCUCGUCUGGAUAACUUCCCGACCUGCAGCAGCCAAUCAGAUCCCUCUGACAUGUGUUGACAGGGUAACAGAAGUACGAGGCUUCACUGACACCCAGAAGGAGGAGUACUUCAGGAGGAGAUUCAGUGAUGAAGAGCUUUCCAGCAGAAUCAUCUCACACAUCAAGACAUCCAGGAGCCUCCACAUCAUGUGUUACAUCCCAGUCUUCUGCUGGAUCACUGCUAGAGUUGUGGAGCACAUGUUGACUACAGACCAGAGAGGAGAGCUGCCCAAGACCCUGACUGACCUGUACUCACACUUCCUGCUGGUUCAGACAAAGAGGAAGAAGCACAAGUAUGAUGAAGGACAUGAGACAAGUCCACAGGAGCUGAUGGAGGCUGACAGUGAAGUUCUUCUGAAGCUGGGGAGGCUGGCGUUUGUACAUCUGGAGAAAGGAAACAUCAUGUUCUACCAAGAAGACCUGGAGCAGUGUGGUCUUGAUGUCAAAGAGGCCUCGGUGUUAUCAGGAUUUUGUACAGAGAUCUUCAAAAGAGAGGAUGUGAUCUUCCAGAAAACAGUUUACUGCUUUGUUCAUCUGAGCGUUCAGGAGUUUCUGGCUGCAGUCUACAUGUACCACUGUUACACCAACAGCAACACAGAGGUACUGAAGGACUUCCUGGGAGAAGACUACAGUAACUCAUCUCUGGAUGACUUCCUGAAGAGAGCCAUGGAGAAAUCUCUCCAAAGUAAAAACGGCCACCUGGACCUGUUUGUACGUUUCCUUCAUGGCCUCUCUCUGGAGUCCAACCAGAGUUUCUUAGGAGGCCUGCUGGGUCAGACAGAGAACAGUCCAGAAAUCAUCCAGAGAGUCAUCAACAACCUGAAGGAGAAGAACACGUACAAUACCUCUCCUGACAGAAGCAUCAACAUCUUCCACUGUCUGAUGGAGAUGAACGACCUCUCAGUACAUCAGGAGAUCCAAGAGUUCCUGAAAUCAGAGAACAGAUCAGAGAAGAAACUCUCUGAGAUCCACUGCUCAGCUCUGGCCUACAUGCUGCAGAUGUCAGAGGAGGUUCUGGAUGAGUUGGACCUGCAGAAGUACAAUACAUCAGAGGUGGGACGAUGGAGACUGAUCCCAGCUGUGAGGAACUGCAGAAAGGCUCUACUUUCUGGCUGUCGACUCUCAGAGACUCACUAUGAAGUUGUGGCCUCAGCUCUGAAGUCCAACCCCUCCCAUCUGAGAGAGCUUGACCUGAGUGCAAACGUCCUGCAGUAUGGUCUGACUGGUUCAGGAUUGAAGCUUCUAUCUGCUGGACUGGAGAGUCCAAACUGUAGACUGGAGACUCUGAGAUUGUGGCUCUGCAGGUUGUCAGAGACCAGCUGUGCUUCUCUGGUCUCAGCUCUGAAGUCCAACCCCUCCCAUCUGAGAGAUCUUGAUCUGAGAGGAAACGACCUGAAAGACUCAGGAUUAAAACUACUGUGUGAUUUUCUGGAGAGUCCAGACUGUAGACUGGAGACUCUGAGAUUGAGUUCCUGCAGGUUGUCAGAGAUCAGUUGUGCUUCUCUGGUCUCAGCUCUGAAGUCCAACCCCUCCUAUCCGAGAGAUCUUGAUCUAAGCCACAAUGACCUGUUUGACGUGAAGCAGCUGUGUGAUUUUCUGGAGAGUCCAGACUGUAGACUGGAGUAUCUGGGAUUGAGUGGCUGCAGUUUGUCAGAGAUCAGCUGUGCUUCUCUGGUCUCAGCUCUGAAGUCCAACCCCUCAUCCCAUCUGAGAUAUCUGGAUAUAAGAGGAAAUAACCUGAAAGACUCGGACAUGAAACAGCUGUCUGAUCUUAAGGAGAGUCCACACUGUAGACUGGAGACUCUGAGAUUGACUGACUGCAGUUUGUCAGAGAUCAGCUGUGCUUCUCUGGUCUCAGCUCUGAAGUCCAACCCCUCCCAUCUGAGAAAGCUGAAUCUGAGAGAAGGAAAGAUUCAGGAAUCAGACGUGAAGCUACUGUGUGAUUUUCUGGAGAGUCCAGACUGUAGACUGGAGACUCUGAGAUUGGAUGACUGCAGGUUGUCAGAGAUCAGUUGUGCUUCUCUGGUCUCAGCUCUGAAGUCCAACCCCUCCCAUCUGAGACAUCUGUAUCUGUCUGGAAAUGACGUGUGUGACGUGAAGCAGCUGUGUGAUUUUCUGGAGAGUCCACACUGUAGACUGGAGAAUCUGGGAUUGAGUGGCUGCAGUUUGUCAGAGACCAGCUGUGCUUCUCUGGCCUCAGCUCUGAAGUCCAACCCCUCAUCCCAUCUGAGACAUCUGUAUCUAAGAGGAAAUAACCUGAAGGACUCGGACGUGAAGCAGCUGUCUGAUCUUCAGGAGAGUCCAGACUGUAGACUGGAGACUCUGAAAUGGUGGUGGUGAUCUCUGUCAAAGUGUGAGUGAACAUCCAGGAGUGUGUGUUGAGAGAGGAUCAGCUGGAUCCUGAUGAUCCAUCUGGACCGGAGUCUGGAUCUGGAUUUUGUCAUCUUCACUUAAGUCUCUUAACUGACUACAAACUGAACAGUUAUCUCUGGAUUUUGUUGAAUCAGCACUUUACAGAUGUGUUAUACAUGAGCUGUUUGAUGCAGAAAAGAGAUUAAUAAACAGGUGUUAUAAGUCAGACUCUGACCCUGGGCCCAUAUUUAUCAAGCGUCUCAGAAUCACACUGAGAGUUAACGAGGACUAAAACUAAUUAAUGAAGCAGAAGAGAAUUUACUGUGACUGUCAGCAGGAGAAGGAUUACUCCUGGGAGAGAGUGAGACG